GGAUACAAGUAAUUGCCUUCACGUAUGAGGAGUAUUCUGUUUGGAAUAAAAUAUGCGUAACUAACUCUUGACAGCCACAUUAGGGUUUCAAUCGGGUUCAAUGAACAUGGAUAUUAGCUAACGUUACUGCUAGUGUAUGUCUGCCAAACACUGCUAGCUAAAAGUAGUUAGCCAGCUACUGCUAGCUACAGUUACGCUAUAGUUAACUAACGUUAAACGAUGAUCACAGCUAACGGCCACAGUAACACCAAGUUCCAUUGCUGCAUUCUGGCAACAAACAAAUCUGUAGAUGAAUCACAAACGUCAACGAUAUAAAACGGCAACUCUACGUGUGAUGGGCAGUUAAGUUACCGUUAAGACGAAGAGCGAGAUGUGUGGCUAACGUUAGCUUAGCGUCGACUGUUAGCUAGCUAUGCAAUGACAUCAUCGCGAAGAGAAAAACUGUUAUGUCCAUUGUCUUUUUGUCAUCUUACUCUCUCUUAAACACCAUGUUUGCAUUGAACCAUUAACAUUUCGCUUUGUACCAUCACUGACCGCUGAGGCACGGUGACCAACUUCAUCCUGCUAGCUAGCAGCAAACUAGCUGGAGAAAAUAGUUAGCUACGUUGAAUCUGUGCCACUUCUUCUGACACAUCCGACCAAAUUAACACUUGGUUCAAAUAUAUCGUUCGCUGCUUACCACUCUGUUCACCCAGAAAGACGAGCUUGAACUUUCGUAGAGGGUUGCCAAACUCUCCGCCGCCGGUCGUAGUUGACAUUUUGUCAAAAAAUAAACAGCUAACUAGCUGAAUUCGCUAAUGAUGCGGUGUCUAGAGCGGAGAGUCGCAAGUAGUGUAUCUUUAUCCUGCACUAGCCAGCGCUUUUGUUUUGUUAAACGUACAGAAGGGAAAUAGCGCAACCAAGAGGCAAACGUUGAGAGACAACAGAAAUUGCAGCGAGGUGAUCUUCACUGGUUGUCUCAACUUUCCAUGGAAUCAAUUGAGAUGUCUGUCCUGUAGGCAUGCAAUGGACAAACAACUGAUUAUGUGAGUCCAACAUUACACCAAGCACUCUGAAGAACCGCUGGAGACCACGCCAGUGCAGACAAGACUCCACUGACAAGACACACAUGCCAGCACGCAAACAUCCAGAAUGAAAGUGAGACCCACGGAGUAGCCCACAUCCAACCAGACACUCUAAAUGGAAUCUGGGCCUGGAAGAAGCAAAGACAACUGCAGUCAUCGGCUGAACUUUUUGGAGGGUGUUCCUAUUCCCUUAUAUGGCAACAGAGCUGGGAAAUCAUUUGAAUUAGUCUGGUUUCUGUUGCAUGCCUGUCUGGUUUUAGUGCUGACUGAGUUCCAUCUGGUAUGUUUCUGUCUCUGCUGUGUGCGUAUCUAAGUGUGUGGGUGCCGUGUGUGUGGCUUGAUUUGUUUGUUUUGCCAUUCUUGGUUCUUCUUUUCCUGUUGUUUGCAUGUGGGGGUUUUGUUUUGAGACAGGAGGAGGAUUGUGUUUUUGGUUCAGCUAGAGUCAUUGCCUCAAGGGUGGCUGCCUCAUUCAGACUGCAGCACCUCUCACUAUCACUACCUCUACCUCCUUUCCUCUCUCUCCCUCGUACUGCUAUGAUGGUUUGUGCACGCCACCUGAUUGCAGCAACUUGAAAAAAACUGAAACGGGAUCUCUUUACUCAAGGAUAUUAUCAGAAAGGUGGACUGGAGCCUCUGUUGAUGAGCUGGCUGUUGUUAGAGAGGACCUCAUAAUCAGCUGGAUGUUUCUUCUUUCUUCCUCUAAUGCAACAGGAUGUGUGACCCAGAAGUUACCAAUGGGGACCCAGGAAGUGCUAGCUGAUAUACACAAGGUGUGGGGUUGUCUGUUUGACACUUUGAUCAUGAAUAAUUGGAUCAUGGGAAAGUUCUAAACACUGAAGUAGAGCACUCAACACACUCUGGCUCUGACAACCUGUAUGACAGACCGCCAUCGUGAUGCCAUCUGAACAAGUCUGACUCAGUAAACUUGUGUUAAAAACUCGUGUUAUGUCAAGUUCAUCAACUCAUGUGGAUUAUUUUUAUAAACAUAUAUCGCUACAUUGAUUGCCAUGGCUACGGCAGCAUGGUAUCAUCGCGACAUCAGCCGUGUGCAUGCAGAGGACUUGCUGGCACGGGCAGGGAGGGAUGGCAGCUACCUAGUGAGAGACAGUGAGUCUGUGCCAGGAGCCUAUGCAUUGUGUCUGCUGUUCCAGCGUCAUGUUCACACCUAUCGUAUUCUUCCUGAUGCAGAUGGCCUUCUAGCAGUUCAGACAACACAGGGGGUGCAGGUAAACUGUUUCCGGACACUGGAGGACCUGGUGUUGGGGUACCAGCAUCCCCACAAGGGCCUGGUCACUCCUCUACUCUACGCUGUUCCUCGUGAUACAGACACUGGGGAUGAAAGCUCAGAUGAUGAGAAGCCACCUCCAGUUUCAGCGUCGGUCUGCACAGUGCCUCUCACGGGGCCACCAGCAAAACCAGCCCCUAAUACCAUAUUCCUGGAUAAGUUGCAGGAGCUGAACAUAUCCAGUCCUGCAGGUGAGGUGAUUGGUCUACUCAAUGACUACCUCUUCAGUGAGCUGCCUCUUGAUAUUGAGAAUAUGCAUAAAGGUGCAACAACUCUAUGCCACCUCAAGCGUACUCUGGGUACUGCCUGCCAAGGCCUAAACAGUGAGAUUGACCUGACUCUCUCAAGUCUGGAAACCCUGGCCAAGGUCUUUGACCAUCCUAGCUGCUCUUUAACACAUAACAAGGCACAGGACCCAGUGAUGGAGAUAGACAGCCUGUUGUUUAAAAUUUCAGCUUUGGUCAGCCUCCUUUCUUCACUGGAGAAAAAGGUAUUAAAAGCAUUACAAGAUGCAGUGACCAAUCACAAUCUGGCAGUGCAGCCUAACCCACCUCCUCCUGAAUCGACACCCACCAAUGUAACACCUGUCAAGAACCAUGCCAGACAGCUGCCAGUCCACUCCUUUCAGGUGAAGAUGGUGAAGUAUGGCAGACAGACUGCUUCUGUGGAUGUGGACACCGGAGUGCUGCUCUUUGACAGGAAGGCUGGUUCAUUUGGUAUAGAGAGGGUCUCACAUGACAGAAUUCUUCAGAUUGUCAAGUUUCAGAGCAGUCCGGCCAAGGUCCGUAUGGUGGUCGACAGCCAUCACAACACACCCCGGGAGAUGAUGUUUGAGAGUGCACGGAAAUGUGAUGCCUUCUGCCAACUCCUCCAGCUGAUGAAAACCAGGCACUCUCACCUGAGUGAACCUGACAUGGUCUCUGUCUUUGUUGGCACCUGGAAUAUGGGUGGUUCCCCUCCUCCUCGCAGCCUGCAGUCGUGGGUGACCUGCUGCGGUUUGGGACACACCCCUGACGAGUCCACCGCCUUGCUCCCUCAUGAUAUCUAUGCCUUGGGGACUCAGGAAAACCCUCAGGGGGAGAGAGAAUGGACUGAACAUAUCAAAGCAACCCUACGCACCUACACUCACAUUGACUUCAAACAAGUGGCAGUACAGUCCCUCUGGAAUAUAAGACUGGCUGUGUUUGUGAAGCCGGAGCAUGAGAGUCGCAUCAGCCAUGUGAACACAGCCAGUGUGAGGACUGGCCUGGGGAACACAUUGGGAAACAAGGGGGCUGUUGGUGUCUCCCUCCUGUUCAACGGAACAUCUUUUGGGUUUGUUAACUGCCACCUGACCUCUGGCAGUGAGAAAGUCCUGAGGAGGAACCAGAACUUUGUAGACAUCCUCAGACUGCUCUCUCUGGGUGAGAAACAGCUCGGUGCCUUUGACAUCAGCCUGCGCUUCACCCAUCUCUUCUGGUGUGGGGAUCUCAACUACAGACUCGACUUGGAUGUACAGGACAUCCUGAAACAUGUAUCUAAGAGAGAGUUUGAGGAGCUCAUGUGUGCAGACCAGCUGACCCAGGAGAGACACAAGAGAAAGGCCUUCCUCAAUUUCAAGGAAGAGAAGAUUACAUUUCCACCCACCUACCGGUAUGAACGGGGCUCUCGAGACUGCUACCUUUGGCAAAAGUACAAGACUUCAGGAGUGCGAAUCAAUGUUCCAUCGUGGUGUGAUAGGAUUCUGUGGAAGUCCUACCCAGAGACACACAUCAUCUGCACUGCAUAUGGUUGCACAGAUGACAUCUUCACAAGUGAUCACUCACCUGUUUUUGCCACGUUCCAAGUGGGAGUUACAUCACAGUUCGGCUCCAAAACAGAUCUUCAUUCAAGCAUGGAGAGGGCCUGGAUAGAGCUUGAAGGCAUUGAAACCAUUGUGAAGACAGCAAGCAAGGCAAAGUUCUUCAUUGAAUUUCAUGCGUCUUGCCUUGAAGAGACAAGACGCUCAAGUGAGAAUGACUCACAGAGCUGUGAUGUUCCUGGGUUUCUCAAACUGGGCUGGUCCUUCAAACAACUGCCGAAGCUUCUUCCCAUAAUGUCCGACAUGGAGUAUCUUCAGGAUCAGCACCUGCUGUUGUCUAUCAAGUCAUGUGAUGGGUUUGAGUCAUAUGGUGAAUGCUGUGUGGCUCUGCGCUCACUGACCGGUGCAUCAGAGCAGUUUGAGACAUUUUUGAGUCACAGAGGAGAAGAGAUGGGUUCCAUUAGAGGACGUGUCAGGAUCCAUGUGCCCAAGGACAGACGAGCAACAAGGGAGAAGAUCUACGAGUGGUUCUAUUUUGAGAAAGAUUAUAAAGGUCCUGGAAUGGGACUCAUGUCUCCUGCAUCUACACGGGUCCCAAUAAACAGGUCCUCGGCAGCUCCUCCCAAACUCACUCCGAGCAGCUACACCAAUCCUGCCUACUUCAUCCUUGAAGGUACGUCAGUGGUGCGCAGGGUGGAAGAGGCUCUCCCGCUGCGAAGGGAUCCUCAGGUGAUCUGGUCUGGAAAUGAGGCCUUACAGCUCCCAAAACUGUCAGGACGUCAGGGCUUUGACAGAAGACCCUGUCGCAGAUCAGACUUUACAGAGAUUGAAAUCCCAGCCGUCCGGUCCCAGUACUCUCCAACCAAUGACCUUCACACAACCCAAACCAACUCUUCCUAUCAGCUUUUCCCAGCCAAAAAUCCAUCUCCCAUACCUCCGCCCUCAAGUAAUGCCAUGUCACAGUACCAGGAACAGGCAUCACAACCCAGAGACAAAUACCAAGGUAAGAAUAUUGUUCAAGACUCCGUGCUGCCCGAGAAGAACCUGAGGAACUUGUAUAUGAACCACUCGGCAAUCAUCAGGGAAAAAGCCAGAAGGGAUCAACAUCAGCUUCUCCCAGAAAGGACCAAUCCUAUCCGGGCAGCCAAGGUGCCAUCAGCCUUCCCCUACGUCCCCACUCAUUUAGCACACUGUCAGGCCUCUGUUCCAUGGACGGUGGAUCAGCAGGCCCCUGGACCUACAGGAGACAACUCCUUGACUGCUUUGCAAAUUGCCAAGUCUCUCAGCGAAGUUGACUUCUUCCCCACAGAGCAGGGAGGCCCGUCCAUCUCCAACCAGAGGCCAUGUAAUAGAAAUGGCCCUUCCAUGCAUGGACAUAGAGUCUACAGCUGGGAGAAAGAGGUGUCCGUCCUCCAAGGUGCACCUGAGACCGUGCAGGAGCUUCUCAGUACUCUGGGCCUUCAGAAAUACACCCUGGGACUCAGUCUCAAUGGCUGGGAUGAUCUGGAUUACUUCAGUAGUAUCACUGAAGAGGAUCUUCGCGCUGCCGGAGUAAUGAACCCUUCACACCGACGCAGGAUCCUCGAGAACCUGCCCAGGAACUGGAACUGACAUACAGAGAUGAAAAACAUUGAUGGUACAAAACCAUGUUGUCUGCUCAGUUAGAACUGGAAGACUUGUUAGAACCGAGAUAUGAAAGGAAGGCCGACUGAUCGGAUCUCAGUCACAUCAGCUGGACUUUACCACAGCCCUGCCAUCUUUUCAUUUACUCGAUCAGUACUGUAACAAUAGUUUGUCUGUGUCAACACAGCAAAGGGAACACAACGCAGAAAGAACUCGUUGCACAGUCUGCUUUAUUCACCCAUCCAUCUCGGUGGAUAAUGAAAGAGGUGGUUGAUAUGAAUGGAAAACCUUGAUGUGUAUCUCCGGUUACACGUGACACCUAUACAAAUAUUGAUUAUGGUAUCAAGGUCUCAUUGAUUUUGUUUUAAAUUAAUUUUAAAUGACUAUAAAAAGACAGUCCUUCAAUUUCCAGUGUUCACUCAAGGCUAGUGUUUAUCAUUCGCCUUCAUCCCUUCUACUGUCUGCUUUCCAUUACUCUGCUAUUAUUGAGCCUGGAUCUGAGCUUGUAAAAGCCCUCUAUUAAACCUAUGGAGCGUAAAAUCCAUAGCUGUACAUA